CCAAACCAGGAGCAUUUUCACAGCACAUUUUGGGGAGCGCUGGUCAUCCCAGCAAAGCACAUACCUAUAAUACGCCCAUAGCCUGAAAGAGGAGAUGACAAACCUCCGGAACCUCAUUGCCGAACAGACCAUUGUUCACCUCGAUUCGUUUGAGCUUGAGUCCGGCAUUACACUUCGGGAUGUCCCUGUGGCAUACAAAACCUGGGGAAAGCUAAACGCUGAAGGAACCAAUGCCAUGAUUAUCUGUCAUGCACUAUCAGGGUCCGCGGACGUUGAAGACUGGUGGGGUCCAUUGUUGGGUCCAGGAAGAGCAUUUGAUACCGAUGUGUUCUUCAUUUUUUGUGGGAAUGUCCUUGGAUCUCCUUAUGGCACCGCUUCGCCUGUAACAACAAAUCCCGAGACAAAUCAACCUUACGGUCCGAAUUUUCCUAUUGCUACCAUUAGAGAUGAUGUGAGACUGCAUAAACAGAUUCUGGACAACCUUGGAGUAAAACAGAUUCAAUUCGCGAUUGGCGGCUCCAUGGGAGGAAUGCAGGUGCUAGAGUGGGCGUGUCUUGGGGUCGAGUAUGUCAGGAACAUUGUACCCAUUGCAACCUCGGGUCGCCACUCCGCAUGGUGUAUCAGUUGGGGCGAGGCACAGCGACAAGCCAUAUAUAGUGAUCCCAAUUACGCCAAUGGACAUUAUACUGCAGAAAACCCACCAAAUACAGGACUGGCGGCGGCCCGGAUGCAGGCGCUCUUGACAUACCGCUCCCGGAACUCCUUCGAAUCCCGUUUCGGCCGCAAAGUGAUGCCCCCGAAGCCUCUUGAUGAACCAACACGAAAUCUUUACGAAAGUGCCGCUAUUCACCACAACGAAGGCCACAAAAUCCGACUCCACCAGUCCAAAGAAGCCGCAGCGGAAGCCGCCAGUGCGAUGGCCGGCGAGAAUGCACCUCGUGUUUAUUCCGCUCAAAGUUACUUGCGAUAUCAGGGGGAUAAAUUUGUCAAGCGCUUCGAUGCAAACUGUUACAUCUCCAUUACGCGAAAAAUGGACACUCACGAUAUAUCACGAGGGAGGGGAGAAUUUCAUGAAGUAUUGACCAGAAUUUCGCAACCGACCUUGGUCAUUGGUAUAGAAAGCGACGGUCUCUUCACCAUUGGUGAACAGCGCGAGCUGGCAGAGCACAUUCCCAAUGCGGAGCUAAUCGUUAUCAUAUCACCUGAAGGCCAUGAUGGAUUUUUGCUCGAGUUCGAGCAAAUGAACAAAUAUAUCUCGGACUUCAUCAGGCGGAAUGGUCAGGCUUUAUUCAAAGGAAAACCAAUCGCGGAGGUGACUUCUGAACAGUUUACGGUAACAAAGAACAGUGUCUUUGGCGAAGCGGAAGACGCGAUGAUGUGGUAGACCAGCGCAUAGGGUAUAUAGAGCAUGCACAAGCCAGCAAGUAGAUUCGCCUAUUUAUUGAAUUUCGAUAAUGAAACCGAGUAAUACCUCAGCUGUUUCAGGUUGACACAAAAGCUACCACAUAAAGACGGCA